AUGAUUCUCGAGGAUCCCGAAUUACUACACCUGGGCUACAUAAAUGCCUGUCGUGAGGUGAGUGAUGUAUCACCCACUGUUGCGUACUACUACUCUAGCCUUACUGUUACUAUGACCCAAAGCACAUCUCCCUCUAGUCAAACCAACACUCUGGUGUCCGUUCAGCUUGAUGGUCUUAUCAACAUACUCUUGGGACUCGGUCUUGACAACAGAAUGGCUAUAUCUGCUGCAUUGCAGGAGGCUGGUACCGGCCAAAAUGUCACCGAAGAACCUGUUGCUAAUGACUCAGCUGCUUCUACCACGGCCACCACAGACAUUUCUGCUACUGUUCCCCAUGAUGCUGCCUCCCCUACCGCAGCUCCUGUUCCCCAUGAUGAUGCCUCCCCUGCCGCAACUGCAACUCCUACUGCUGCACCUUCCCCUGCCGUCGUGGACUCCGAUAAUGAGUAG